AUGCAGACUGCUUCUACAAACAUUGGUGAAAGACUGUGCAAUAAGUCCAUCCGUGACAUUUCCUGGCUACUAAAUAUUCCCCGGCCAACUGUUAGGGGGAUUAUAACAAAGUGGAAGCAACUGGGAACAACAGCCACUCAGCCACCAAGUGGUAGGCCACAUCACAUGACAGAGCGGGGUCAGCGCAUGCUGAAGCGCACAGUGCGCAGAAGUCACCAACUGUCUGCAGAGUCAAUAGCUAAAGACCUCCAAACUUGGUGUGGCCUUCAGAUGAGCCCAACAAGAGUGCGUAGAGAGCUCCAUGGAAUGGUUUUCCAUGGCCGAGCAGCUGCAUCCAAACCUUACAUCACCAAGUGCAAUGCAAAGUGUCGGAUGCCGUGGUGUAAAGCACGCCGCCACUGGACUCUA